AUGAACGAGAUACAUGCUUGUGUAUCCGGCGAAGGCAGCCCAUCGAAUGCCGCUUUCCUUCCCGCUUGCAUUGGAUUUGACCACUCAAAAGUCUUCCAUAGUGAGUUUUCAACCGCCAGCCCAAGAUUUAUAAGCAACAUGAAAAUUUUAAGCGAGCAGAAUUCUGCGCGCUCGAGCGAGUGGCACGCCGUAGUCUACCAUAGAGGAUGUCGUUGCGUCCUCACCUUUUCCGAGAAGACCGACAAAUUGGUGCUGUUUGAGGAGCCGAAACACUCGAAUGGCAAGCGAAAGGUGCUUCUAGAUAUUCCCAUGUGUAAGGUUUUAAACUUAGAGACAUCCGAUGAGCGUGCCAUGCGUGAGAUUCAGUGCCAGGGGCGUCGCAAAGGGAAGUCACUGCAACUCAGCUGUAUGUCCAAGCGUGGACACGAUUUCUUUCCACCUUGGGAAGACAAGUUCAUGAACCUUAGAUACUCUACGCACAUGUUCCCUGGCCAUGAAAACAAACACUUGCGUUCUACAGUACUUUGGUAUGACGGCAGGGGACCCCGCGGUCUGGAAUAUCUUCAAUGGCUUGUUGAGGAUAGCUAUCACUCGUCCAAGCACAAAUCAUUUUCUUCUUCCCCCCGCAAUCCCCCUGGCGACACUCAAAUAGUCCGAAGGGAUCGUGCUGAGGGGGUUCACCGGAAUGAUGAACCACGCUUAACGCACUAUUUUCUCUACCACGUCUGCCUGAGGGAAUCGGUGGUCAAGAAAAGCAUCCACAUGAUUGAGUUUUGCGUCCUUGAGGAGCCCCACUAUUUCGACCAGGCAUCGAAGUUGCAAAACGCGGUCCUCCGGCGGGUUUACGGGGCCAGGCCGAAAACCCUCGAGGUUUUCAUCAGUCCCAAGUCGGGCAAGGGCAACGGCGAGAGCAUCUUCCGGGAUAACCUGAGGCCUAUCCUGGAUGUCACGCGGCACAAGACAAAGGUUACCAUCACCAGGCGCGCACACGAGUGUGAGGACUUCGUCGCGGACUUGAAGAAUCCCUUGGAUGAGAACUACGUAGUGGUUGUCGUUGGCGGGGACGGGAUGGUGCAGGAGGCUGUGAACGGACUGCAUCGGAGGAAACUUGCGUUGAUUGCUCAGAUGCGGGCCGAAUGCGAGGCUGCGGAAUCGGCGACGCCGACUCUUGACAUGUCUUCAGGGGUUUCUUCACUUCGAGGUGAGUGCAAUGCGUGUCUGUCCGGAGCGGAUGCCAGUGCCGAGGAGGGCGUAGCUUCGUGCGUUGCGUCGCCUCCUUGUGCUGCUAGAGGGAACAAUGAGACACAGAAAAAGUCUUCGACAUCGAGUUUGACUCCCGUGUUUGACAUCUUCUUGAGCCACGGUUGGGAUGCGCUGAUGCCUCUUAUUGCCACCGUCCCUUCCGGGAGCGCGUGUGGCUUAGCGAAAGCCCUAGAUUUGAUGAGUCCCACAAAGGCUGCGCUCUCAUUGGUUCACCAUACAACGUGCAGACUAAGUCUUCUGAAUAUGAAAUUCAAGCGCAAUGCAGACCUCUUUAACUUUCACUGGAAGAGGUGGUCAAGUAAGAAACGUAUGGCAGCCAUGAAGAAGUUUGCGUCCUAUCGUCAAAGCUACUCUGAGGAAAUAAAAGAGAGACUUCCAUGGAGGAAGUCCUCGUCGACAUCCCAUCUAUCUCCCACGACUGUGAAGGCAAAGAACUCCAGCAAGGACAACAGGAGCGUCCCAAGUGGCCAUCAUUCACCGAAUAAUAUCAGCUUAGCAGAGUCUGGAGGUAAGCUAACGGUACCUACAUCGUCAAACACUUCCAUCACUUCAUCUUCUAAGGCGAAUUUCUCCUCUCUGAAUGUUCAGAAGCCUUUCUUCAAAGAUGGCACCUCCUUGUACACCGAUCCGGUCUCGUAUAGCCUUGGAGCCCCUGAAUUUCAAGAACGUGUUGCUUUCAUGUCAUUAUCGUUCGGGAUACCUAAUGACGUGGAUCGCGGCAGUGAGCCGUUGCGUUGGAUGGGAAAUGCACGCUUUGCCGUUUUUGCCGCCUUUAUUUUACUGUCAGGGGUGCGCAAGUAUAAGGCGACUAUACGCUACCUGCCCUGGAUCGAUGAUAAGGGCCACCGUCUAGAGAACAUCGACGGGGCGGGCGACCCGGAGGCGCUAUCGCACUUCUUUUCUUGCACGAUGCGGGAUAGCUGUCCACACUGCCAGAAGUAUGCUGAUCCCUCCCCGAAUGGUCUUGACUUGCUGGAGAGAUCCCGGCUUAAGGCUUUGGAUGCAAGUUACAAUUUACAUAAGAAAACUACGAAUGGUGGCGUCUUCACAACUUGUGAGGGUGCUGGUUCGUUUCUGAAGACUGACGAUGGCACUUCUGAUGUCGAUGUUACCUCUUCCUUCACUUCGACGAGUGCCCAGCGGCGAAUGCUGAUGUCUUGCAGUGAUGCGGAUCUCCUGAGAGAGGACCAAGUCGACUUUGACUGUGAAAGCUUGCCGUGGGUAACGGUAAGUGGUGAGUUUGUUGCGAUUCUUUUAUGCAAUAUCUGCGACCUCGCACGGGAUAUAGCUAUGGCGCCCUUCUCACAUCUUUCUGACGGCGCGAUUGACAUUGUUUUCUACCGAAGCAAUCCCCAGAACCGGUCGAAAUCGCACGUUACACGUACCGACAUCUUCCAUUUCUUCAAUAGUUUGGGGGAUGGGACGCAUAUUCGGCAACCGUACACAAGUUACAUUAAGGCGCGUGCGGUCGAGAUAAAGGUAGAUUCGGGGAUUAGCAUGUCUGAUGGUGAGAUGAUGCCCUUAAGUUCUGUUAGGCUAACGAAAAUUAGAGACGCCAUUCGUAUUGUUCGGGCUGAAUAG